AUGAGCAGCUUAACUUCCGUACUUUUAGAAUUGGACGAUAAGACUGUUCAUUUGGUUGGCAGAGCACCACCAAUCGCUGCUCCUCUCAUUGAUGGUCAGGGUCAAAAUGUGCAUGCCACUGGUGGCAUUGGAUCAACGGGGACUGUGCAUCCUCAACAGGAUAGAAGAGAAUUGCACCAGCAUGGCAUAUUCGUCGGAUCAGUGUCCGUUCCGCGUACGAACCUCAGCACUGACGAUAUCAUUGCUUGCUUGCGUAGAGCGCUGAACAGAAUCGGUGGAAUCGGACAGAACGCUCAAAUCACGUCGUCUGAGGCGCAAAAUGGCGAGAUCGUUGAAGUGCACGUCAGACUAAGUGGCGAAAAUUCGAUUGCGAUGGAUAGCCCUUCCAGAUCUAGAUUGAAUUACGUGAAAGAUAUUUUACGCCACGUUAACAACAUGCUUCAGAAUUUGGAGGGAGACAUUGACACCGUUAGCUCUCCGUUAACUUCGGAAAAAGCAGAAAAGACUGAUGAUACCACUAAACCGAAGCCGGAAAUAACUGAUAUUGCUCUGACCGAAAACGAUAAAAAAACGGACGAUGCAUCUAAUGGAAAUAAACUGGAGGAAGCGCAUUCACAGUCUCCGUCUUCCAGAAGUGCUAUUGCGGCUAGCAACGAUUAUACCGAGUCAAAUACCUCAGCAGGAAGAUUCAAUAUAAGACAUGCAUCUCCGUCAGACUUAUCCGAAGUUAUGCGAGAAUUGGCCCUUACGGAGGAGCGAUUGAAGCCGCAUGUGCAGCGCUAUACGGAAAUUAUGGCCGCAGACAAGUGCUACAGUGAAAAUGAUCCAGAGGCUCGUGUUGAUUCGAAGCUUUUUCAAGUCGUCCAGAUCGUGUUGCACAAGAUGGCCCACAUCUACCACGCAAUAAGUGACCUGAACAUCCACUUCUGCCAAAAACCGCCGCGUAAAUUAUAUCCUCAGUUGGUUCUGGAGGCAGGCAACGACGGUUCGACUCACCAAGCUGAGGCCCAAAUUACCCUUGGGUUUCAGCGAAGACCUGUGUCUGACGGAUCCGCAGCGGUUACAGCGACAGCUGCCGGCAACGAUGCAGCCCCAACUGCCACCACAACGACGAAUGUUUCAGGAACCAUCUCUUCGGUUGCCAUUUCAUCUGUUACAAGUGGCGCCGGCGACAGUAAUGUGCCCCUAGUCUCGAACCAAGAAACGGGUCAAGCCGCAGCUAAAGCUGCGCAGCCGGCUUCUGAUAUUACUGUCGGGGGUGUUCCGCAAUGCGAAGAAACACAGGUACCCGCAAAGGACUUGACCUCAGAUCAUCAGCGUACAGAAGCCGCCGGUAGCGGAAAUGAAGCAGUUGUUCAUGAAGUUAGUGACGAGAUUCGUUGCUCAGCCCAGUUAGCACCUCAAGUUUUAGAACAGCUGAUGCAUGGCGUCGCAAAUGCUACCUGCGGCCUAGUGCUUGGGAAUAUCGAAAUUGAAGCCGACCUUUCGGCUGGUCGACCCCCGGACAUCGUCUCCUCUAAUCAUCGACAGCGACACAGCGGGGCCGACAAUAUCUGGCCAAUUCCCGUUGUCAGAACUGACCAAGUCAGCGUCGGUCCACCGAUUACUUUCUCGUCCAAUGUGCGUGUGGCGUUUCCGACCUCAAACGUCAUCCCGAUGUCGAUGUCCCAUGGAGGUCGUCAGCAGCGCGGACCCGUUUACAUAGCACCGAACUUGGCCGGAACCUCCAUAAACUCUCCAUCGAAUCAAGAAGUGAUCUUACUCAGCCCGCAUCAAGCUCAGCAGUUACCGCUGUUUAUGGUCGAUCCGUUUUUGCCUUGUCCAUCGCGGCACUUUGACCAGAGGAACCGCAGAAUCAGCCGACCGUACAGAGAGACAGAAACAACGGUUAGUAAUCAGUACAUUGUUUUUUGCUGGACAUUGGUUGCACUGCCUCUAAAUCUACAUAAAUUCCAAUCGGUAUUCGAUUGUUAGUU